AAACAAUUACUCUGAAUCGGUUCCUUUUAAAACUUUGGACACUGGAUAUUGAAGUUCACUACAAAUGUAUUGGCGUUUUAUUGGAUACUUCAAGGCCAAUAUCGACAUUCAAUUUUUGCUUUAGAAUUCGUUUGGAGAUAUUUCGCAUUUUGUUUGGCAAAUUUCUGUGUGCAAUCUCUGUGUAGACGUUGACGUAUAUUAGCACAUAAGUAAACGUAAUACACUUAAAAUGGUCGAUUUAAGUGAUAAAGAUCUUAACGAUGUCCAUGAAACAUUCCUGCUUUUUGAUAGUAAAGGUGAUGAAAAAAUUGAUGCUAAAGAUGUUGGUGAGGUUGUACGUGCAUUGGGGUUAAAUCCAACCGAAUCAGACAUUGGAAAGUACGGUCAUCAAAGUAAUCCAAAUGAACGUAUCAGUUUUGAAUCCUUCGUCCCUAUUUAUCAUGGCCUAUUAAAAGAACAGGUGGAAGUUGAUCAAGAAGCGUUUAUUGAGUCAUUUCGUGUCUUUGAUAAAGAAGAUAAUGGAUUUAUUAGUGCAGCUGAACUUAGACAUUUGCUUACAGCUCUUGGUGAAAAACUUCGUGAUGAUGAAGUAGAUAUUUUAUUAGCUGGCUUGGAAAACAGUCAAGGUCUUGUACCAUAUCAAG